AUGGACCCUGCAGCAUCUCUGGGUGUCUUCCUCUUCUUAUUUUCGUUUGUUGGAGGCCAGUAUGACACUCUUGAGCGUAGAGCGGACAAGAUUGUUCCUCUGAGACUUCAGCAGCUACGAGACCACUUGGUGGACCGAGGAAUGUACCAAGAGGGAAUGUUCCAUCUGCUGUCUUACGUAGUACCAACCGACUCAGACAACCCUAGGUGUAGCAACCACAGCGCGCUCUACCAGGUGGCAGUACUGAGUGAUCAGCCGUGGGCACAGCGGAUGGUUGAUGCAUCCAGCAAAAUCGGUGACGGAUUCCUCCAAGGCAACAUCCAAGGGCUGGGUAGUUACGAUGAGUGUCUGGGUGUCAGCGAACCCAACCAGCUGUUUACUGGUCAGCUGUGCAUUGUGCAGACUAAGGGGAUGCUGCCCUCUGUGGUGCACAACCCUCCAACUGCCGAGUACUCGCUACUCAGAGCGCUGCCUAUAGACUUGAAUUUUGCGGUUUGUCUGCCCUCCACCUGUACAUAUGCUGAUGUUGCUGAACAUUGGCGGGUAGUUGCUGUUGAAGUCAACGCCACCGCCACUGUCGAACCAUUCGACUGCUCUGUCAAAGGCGACUUGAAGCCAGGAGCUCGCUUCUGGCAGGCCCUGUGUGUGUUGGCAACACUGUUUGCAUUAGUUUUCUUGAGCAGUUGGUAUGACUGGGCGGUGAACUAUCAGCCUGCCAAGAGCCGCAGAAUGCUGGUCAGCUUCUCAAUGUUCAACACCUGGCAGAAGCUAUCCGGUCGUGACAGACAGGACAGUCUGGAUAUCCUGGAUGGGUUGAGGGUCCUGGCAAUAUCCUGGAUCAUCCUGGGCCACAGGUUCGAGAUGUCACUGCAGGUCCCUAACCUUAGUCUGCUGGAUAUGGAAAGGUACACGACUGCAUGGUUCAUGUCUCCUAUCCUCAACAUGAUGUUGGGUGUGGAAGUGUUCUUCCUCAUCUCAGGUUGUUUGCUCAGUUUCCACUACCUUCGCGCACAAGAGAAAGGUCAAGGAUUCAAUAUCUUCUACUUCUACUAUAAAAGAUACGUUAGACUCACGCCUGCUCUAGUAUUUGUGAUGAUGAUGGAGGGGUGUGUCUUACUCCAUGUCUCUGACGGUCCUCUAUGGAAGCGUCUGAUCGGAAACAGGGCAUCGUCUUGUGUGGAGAACUGGUGGUUGAAUUUAUUUUACAUAAGCAACUACGUCAAUCCAUAUCAUACGUGCAUGAUCCAAAGUUGGUACUUAUCAGCUGACAUGCAGCUGUAUCUUAUCGCUCCACUAUUGCUGAUCCCCUUAGCGAGAUCAUUGGUUGGAUCGGCUGAUCGUUGGACCAACAAAGGCAUAGUGCUUAUCUGUUUCUGCUAUAUUGCUACAACCGCUGCCAGUUUCGCCAAUGCCUUCUACUUUAAACUUCCAGCAGGAGCAACAGUAUCAUUAGAUAAGAAGACCGAGCAGAAUCAUGGAUCGGAAUAUGUUGUAACCCAUGUCAGAGCUGCAUCUUGGCUCACUGGCAUGGCUUUGGGCUACGUUCUUCAUCUGAUCAAGAAGAAACAGCUCAACAUUAACUUGAGCAAUAGGAUGGCAGUGGCGCUCUGUUGGUCCGUUUCUCUAUUUCUUUGUCUAGCUGCAGUCUUCAGCAUAGUUCAGUUCCAGUCUCCCCAACACCAAUAUCACCGUGUGGUGGACAGUCUACACAUUGCGCUUCAUCGGAAUGUAUUCUCACUCGGGACAGCUGGAGUAGUACUACUCUGUGUAUUGGGGAAAGGAGGUCCUGUUCAGAGUUUCCUGGGAUGGCGAAUAUUUCGGCCUCUGGCCACUCUGUCCUACGGCGUCUACCUGAGCCACAUGGGUCUCCAAGCCUUAGGCCUUGCCAGGAUAAGGCAGCCUUUGGCCUUCGACAUGUUCACACUGUGGACAGGCUUCUUGUCGGAUGUCUUGAUUGCCAAUGUAGCAGCUUUUGUUAUAUUUUUUCUUGUUGAGUCACCAGCCUGGGAACUGGGACAGUGGCUAUAUAAACCAGGUAAAGAAGAGAAAGUUCACAAAAAUGCGCUUUGCAAUGAAUUUGUAAAUACUGCUCAAGAAAAAACUGCUCUUUAG